AUGUCUGUAUUAAUCGACGGACUAGCCGCCUCCCUCUCCACGACUGGCCGGGAAUCGGUGCUACCGCUUUCCCCAUCCCCACGGGAUACCGCCCGCGGCGAGAUCGCCGAUCAGGCCCGCCGCAUUGCCAAUCUCAUUGUCAAGUAUGUGCGCGAGAGCGUCAAUCCCGCGCGACUCUCGGCCGCGCUGAGCCGCGAGCCGCUCCGGAUUCGUAGCCCCUGCGAGGGCCACCUCUGGACGCCCGCCGCCGCCGCUCUUCUUCUCGGCCCCCGCAGCGACGCGAAGCUGAUGGAACUCUACAACGAGUGGCUCCACCGCAUGAUACUCCUGAGAGACAGCCUCCUUCCCUUUGAAAAUUUUGAAGAGGUCCCGCUCGUCGUGCUAGAAGGUUCCACGCGGGGCCUCCGGGAGGUCGAGGAGCCCCGCAAACUCUUUCUCGUGCACUGCCUCACCGGCGCCAUCCAGCACGCCGCCAUCGUCGACCUAGCCAAGGGCCUCGUCCUGCCCGCGUUUCUCUCCGGUUCCAAAUCGCUCCAUUUGCUCCGCUACCACCCCGCUCGUUUCUACCAGGGCGAAGAGGAGGUCCUCUUCGACUACGAGCACAACGAGUACGUGGAUGCUCCGCGCACGGAGCUCACACCUGCCGAGAGCAGCCCCUCCCCUCCUCUCGGUCGGUGGGACUUUGCCUCGCUUUUGGCGGCUGCCGACCCCCGCGUGUCCGAGUCCGAGCUCGCCAUCGACGAGGUGGGCGAUAGUCUCCGUCGAGUCGUUCGGCUACGGCUAACCCUCGAAUCCGGGAUAUGCGUUUCCGUCGAUUUGGGCCAGAUCGCUCGCGGUCGACGGUAUGCUUACGAGAUUCGGCCCAACCUAUCGCUGGACGAUUCGCUUUCUACGCUAUAUCCCGAAAACGUAAUUCUCCUGAGGGAGAAUGACAAUGUCCAGGCGCUGCAAAAGGUCGGCAAGGGGUUCGCGGACCGCUGUUUCAUUACUCAUUUCAGCGUUACGGAAAAUCAUACUCUAGGCAUAUCCCAGCUUUAG